AUGGCUCUAUUUUGGGGGCGGGGCUACCCGUGGACACGCCUCCUAGCCGGUGCGAGGGUCUCCGCCGCUCUACACCGGCCAGUCAACCUCCGACCGCGCCCGCAUGCGUACACGAUCCCACGAUCGCGAUACAAGUGUGAAACUGUGCUAAAUGGAACUGACCGGCGUUCAAUGUUAAGGAAACAAAGAUACGAGGACAAGGAAGUGAACAUGGCGAUACAGAGUGUUUCGAGGUACCCAAGCAGCCCGGCCGAGGCGACUGAGCCACCGAAGGCGUCGCGGAUCAGCUUUAGUGUCGCGUCCAUAUUGGCGGACACUAAGGCGAAUCAGGUCGAUGAAACGGCUGAAAUGAUAAGACAUCACCGCACGAUUCCUGAAUCACCGUUGAGACAAUCACCGGCAGCGCAACCCGAGUUACCCGGCGGCAAGUCCUUAUCACCGAGGCCGUCGUCCCAAACCCCACCUUUAAAUCUAAAUGCCUCAGCGACGGUAUCUUCAUCAGAUGAUGAAUACGAAGAUUCUAUUAAUCAAGAAGACUCUAUAGUUGAUGUGGAAGAUUUGCACAAUGGUGUUCAGAGCGAUGAUGACGACAGGACCUCAACACCAAAUGAAAAGGAGCGAUUAGGCCCGAUCAGACCGACACCGUUCAGCGCAUUAGCGGCGGCAGCAGCAGCAUACCAUGGCCUGGGCUGGCCUGGACCACCAACAGUAGUUCCGUCAUUCGGACCCCUAUUUCAAUCACAUUUUCCAGUUGGACAUAUUACAGAUGCUAACGGAGAGCCUCCCAAGCUGAAAUGCAAUUUGCGCAAGCACAAACCUAACCGCAAGCCCAGAACGCCCUUCACUGCACAACAACUACGUGCCCUAGAAAGCAAGUUCGUUGACAAGCAGUACCUGAGCAUAGCCGAGCGAGCUGAGUUCUCUUCAUCUCUUGGCUUAUCAGAGACACAGGUAAAAAUCUGGUUUCAAAAUCGUCGUGCGAAAGCGAAACGUGUGCAAGAGGCUGAAAUAGAAAAACUCAAGAUGGCUCAGUUCUCUCGCCACCAUCACCAUAUGUACCCUCAUCCCCUACAGCAGUACUUCCCCCAUCCGUUAAUGGGAAGGCCUUUACCACCAAUGAUGCCACCUCACUUGGCAAUGCAGUCUGUGCCAAGUUCGCCGUCGCCAAGCACACAAACAAGCGGACAACAA